CGUACAUUCUCCGUGCGCACGACGACAAUCGCGACAGCAUACAAGCGCAAUCGUGGACGCGACCGCGACUGCGAAACGCAAGACCUGCAGAAGCGCCAGGGUCGAGGUUUGACGCGGGAGCGAACGCGAACGGUAGUGCUAGUCCACUUCAGACAUGUCGACGCCAGUAGCCCAGUCCAGCACGGCGCGGCCGACCGUCUCGGCCGCAGGUACAUGGACAGAGGAAGAGGGUGGUAGAUCGAUCCUCAUCUGCUUGCUCCGGCUCGACUUGCGCAUUCACGAUAAUGCGCUGUUCCACUAUGCCCACCGGCCAGCGGCGCCGCCAACACGCGAAACCUGGUUCGCCGAGUUAUGUUCUGCCAGCGGUCAGUCGACCGGCGCCAGCGGCGACUCAGAGGCCUUCUCGCGCUGGGCGGACGAGGCGAGCCUGCACAGCCAGGCGCAGUACUUGCUGCCCGUGUACGUUUUUGACGAGCGCGAGAUUGAGCUCAGCGGCUUUCCCGGCUACAAACGCGAAGGACCCGAGGCGCGCACCAAAGAGUACGGGUUCUGGAAGAUGAGCGGCUUCCGUGCUAGGUUCACGGCUGAAUCGGUAUACGAUCUGCGCUCGCGGCUCGUCGAACGCGGCAGCAAUCUGCUGAUCCGCUUCGGCAAGCCGGAAAAAGUCAUCGCUAACUUGGUCACGGCGCUGCAAGCGCAAGGCGACUUCGUCGAGGGCGUCUGGAUACAAAAGGAGAUCACUCACGCCGAGGUGCAGGUGGAGAACGAGAUCCGCACCGCACUCAACAAGCGCGGCGUGCCCUUGCGCUUCGUGCAUGGCAAGACGCUCAUCCACCCGGUCGACCUUCCGUUCGACGUCAAGGACACGCCUGACGUCUUUACGCCAUUUCGCAAGCGCGUCGAGCAGCUCGGCGCGCGCAUGGCGCGCCCGACCCUCGACUCACCCGCACGCUUCAAGCCCUUCCCGACAGACCUGCCCGAGACGGGCGACUACAAGCUGGACAUCACGUACGAGGUCGACGUCGACGGCCUGCAGAAGCUCAAAACGUUGUCCAAGAAGGCGCCGCAGCAAAACGGCGAUAUCUCCUUCUACGACAUCCUCCGCUACAUCCUCCUCCCGCUCAACGACAGCAACCUCUCGCCGAUACUCGAGGGCCCGAGCAUCCUGCAGAAGCGCCACCCGGCCAGCGCGCUGCCCCUCCGCGGCGGCGAGAGCUCCGCAUUGGAGCGCCUCGAGUGGUACUUUAUUCGCGGCAAGAGUGCCGACAGCAGUCGCUGGGACCGUAACGACCCACCUCCAGUGGCGCGCUACAAGCAGACGCGCAACAACCUCGUCGGACACGCCUACUCGACCAAGAUGAGCCCCUUCCUCUCCUACGGCUCUAUCAGCCCUCGCCAGAUCUGGGAGGCUCUUGACUAUCACGAGCACAAGUUUGGCGAGGACCAGAACACGUAUUGGGUCCGCUUCGAGCUGCUCUGGCGCGACUACUUUUUCUUUGUCGCGGAAAAGUUCGGCGUCCUCCUCUUCCACCUCGGCGGGUUCGAGCUAGUUACCGACCCGGCACAGGCCGAGAAGAAACUCCAGCCCGGCUGGUGGCGUGGCUGGGACCCCAUGCAGGAUGGGCCCGAGCACGACGUCACACGCCUCCUCGACGGCCGCACAGGCAUCCCCUUCCUCGACGCCAACAUCAUCGAGCUCCGCGAGAGCGGCUUCAUGAGCAACCGCGGCAGGCAGAACAUCGCAAGCUUCCUCACAAAGGACCUCGGCUGCGACUGGCGCAUCGGCGCUGAGUUCUUCCAGUCCCACCUCAUCGACUACGACCCCACGUCCAACUACGGCAAUUGGCAAUACGUCUCGGGCGUCGGCAACGACCCACGCGCGUCGCGCCAGUUCAACACCAUCAAACAGGCCAAGGACUACGAUUCGUACGGCGAAUACGUCAUGACCUGGAUCCCGGCGUUGCGCAACAUGCACCCGGCCUACGUCCACACGCCUUGGCUCCUCGACCCUGAGGAGCGCCGCCGCUACGGGCUCAAGACGACCGAGAUGGACGUGACUGCUGUCGGGUACCCCGCAUGCCCCAUGCUCGAGAUCGAGAGCUGGAAGAAGCACUACGAGCGCAAGGAGGGCGUCGGAAGCAAGAUGCGCGGCAACCCGCAGGAGAAGGUCAAGGACGGAAAGUUGCGCAAGGUCAAGCCGCACCAUCACCACCAUCUCCACACACAGCAGCAGCCGGUCCAAGCGCGGGGCCAAGCACUAACACAGAAGCCGACGCGCUCCAGCAGAGGCUUUGCCGCAACUGACGGCAUGUAUGCGCUAGGCAGCAGGGCAUUUGGAAUGCAGCCCCAUUACCGCCAGCAGCAACAGCAGCAACAAAAACAGCAACAGCAGCCAGACAGCGGGAGCAACAGCCAAUCGGACCGUGAAAGUCCAGACAACACGGCCAGCACGGCGUACGACAGUCAGCAGCGGCACAGAGAAGGUUUGCCGCCGCCAACACGAGGCGGCGGCUUCGUCGGAGGCAUCCUGAGAACAGCAGCCACCUCCGUAGUUGGUACCGGCAGCGUGGCUGGCAGCAGCGGAAGCGGCACAGGCGCAGGUGUAGGUGUAGGCGCUUACGAAGGUCGCAGCAGCUCACCGUUCGGCGGCAGGUUAACAAGCGCUGCUGCAGGCCCGCCAAUCGGAGGUGCUCGCCCAUCGCGCGCGUUCGCAAAUGGUGCAGCGUCGAGUCAGCUCCCUGCACCUGGCUCGGCAGGCGCAGCCGCCGCGGGAGCAGGUUUCGGUCUCGGGAGCCUCGGCUCGGUCGCAGGGAGAGCGACCUCGACAGGCUGGCGCGCGCAGGCGCCGAGCGGCAUGAGCAGCAACGGUUCAGCGCAGCUCGGCUCAGGCACCUCGCUCCUUCGGUCGAAUGCGCCUGCCGGCGCCUCCGGCCAUUCGCCAGGGAGCGGCGGUGCCAGUAGUGGUGGUGCUUUUAAUGCAAGUGGCGCGGUCUCCGGCAAUGCCAUUAGCAAGGCCGACUCGGAGACGAGCUGGAGAAAGGCGCCAGGAACUUGAGGAGCCCAAGGCUCCGAGGGCCCAUUGCGCUAGUGGCGCGUUCGAUUCAAGUUCAAGUCGAAUCGAGUCAUGUCAGCAGCCAUUCUCUCUAAUGCUUUU